AUGGAUUCUGGGAAUAGUGGAAGUAUGCAAUCCUCCAGCGGCGGCGACGAUGAGUUUGACUCACCCUCCGACUCUAUCUCCGCCUCCGCCGCCUUCACUUCUUUCCCCCAAAACUUCCAUUCUCAAUCCUCCUCUGCCGCCGCCAUCUUUGAUCCUCUCUCCAAUUUAUUUGAUCCUCGAUCUUCACACCUUUCUAAUCAAAACCCACUCCUCAAUCUCGAUAUGCUUUGGUCCCGAACCGUCAGAUCCGACCAAAUACCCUCCGAUCUCCACCCUCCACCUCCCAAUUCUGCAACCACCGAUCACAAUUUAUCCCCAAUUUCUAAUAAUUACUCUGCCGUCCACAAUUUCAGUCACCCAUCUGACGCUACUAAUUCCUUCACUCCCUCUGAUCACACUGAUUUGCAAAACAUUCCUAAUAAUUGUGCCAACGCCGGUGCCAGCGGUGGUGGUGGUGCGGUGAACACUGGUAGAAACUCCAAGAAGCGGCCGAGAGCGUCACGACGAGCUCCGACGACGGUGUUAACGACGGAUACGACGAAUUUUCGUGCUAUGGUUCAGGAAUUUACCGGAAUUCCAGCUCCGCCGUUUACAGCUUCUUCAUCUUCUUCUCCGUUUACGAGAAACGCUGGGGCGAGAUUUGAUCUGUUCAGUGGUGGUGGUAGUAACAGAACAUCAUCUUCUGCACAUUUAGACGUUGUACCUAAUUCCACACAACAGACUUACCUUCUCCGACCAUUUGCACAAAAAGCGCCGUUUCUUUCUCCGUCGCCUUCGACUUUUCUCGCCGGCAGCAAUUUGCAAAACCCAAUUUUUGAUAUUCAAAACAUGUUUCAAUCCAACCCCAAAUUGAUUCCUUCGUCCAAUGAACAGAAUCUCAAAAUGGGUAUCUUCGAGGAGUUCGGUUUAACUACCCACGGUGGUCAUGGCCUCUCACCGGCCGGUCAAGGCUUACCCAGAAGCAACGGAAACCACAACAACAACAACAACAACGGCAACCAUCAUACUCCGGCGAACUGGGUCAUGGGCGGCGGCGGUGGAGAACCGAAUCAACAAGGUAUCAAUUUAAGAUCUAGUAACGGAAAUCUGAACGGGAAAUUGAUCAGGUACGCCGCCGGUGGUGGAAAUUCGUCGGGAUUUCUCGGUGAUAAAGCGGUGGAGAAUUUAAGAGGUAGAAAUGAAGGUAUGGUGGAACCAUGGAUUUGUUCUUCUGAUUAG